UUUCUUCAGGACCCAGCAGUGUCCUCUGUCCACUGCUCUAGGCUGUUCCCCACCCACCCCCACUGUGAACCCCUAACUCAGGAUUCGGGACCCAGGGGCCCCUCCCUACCCCAGCGAACCUCUUCUGGACCAGGAAAGCCAGCCCAGACCCCACUACCUCCAUGCGCGCUGCAGACAGGAUGGGGGCCAGAGCUGUGUCGGGCCUGCGGCUGGCACUGCUGUUGCUGCUGGUGCUAAGGACACCCGAGUCAGGGGUGCAGGGGGAGGAUGGGCUGGACUUCCCCGAGUAUGAUGGCGUGGACCGUGUGAUCAAUGUCAAUGCAAAGAACUACAAGAAUGUGUUCAAGAAGUACGAGGUGCUGGCACUGCUCUACCACGAGCCCCCCGAGGAUGACAAGGCCUCACAAAGACAAUUUGAAAUGGAGGAGCUGACCCUGGAGUUAGCAGCCCAAGUCCUAGAAGACAAGGGUAUUGGCUUCGGGAUGGUGGACUCUGAGAAGGAUACAGCUGUAGCCAAGAAACUAGGACUAACUGAAGAGGACAGCAUCUAUGUAUUCAAGGGAGAUGAAGUCAUUGAAUAUGAUGGUGAACUUUCUGCUGACACCCUGGUGGAGUUUAUGCUUGAUGUUCUAGAGGAUCCUGUGGAAUUGAUUGAGGGUGAACGAGAGCUGCAGGCAUUUGAGAAUAUCGAGGAUGAGAUCAAACUCAUUGGCUACUUCAAGAGCAAAGACUCAGAGCAUUUCAAGGCCUAUGAGGACGCCGCGGAGGAGUUCCAUCCGUACAUCCCCUUCUUCGCCACCUUCGACAGCAAGGUGGCAAAGAAGCUGACCCUGAAGAUGAACGAGAUAGAUUUCUAUGAAGCCUUCAUGGAAGAGCCUGUGACCAUCCCAGACAAGCCCAACAGCAAAGAGGAGAUUGUCAGCUUCGUGGAGGAGCACAGGAGAUCGACCCUGAGGAAACUGAAGCCUGAAAGCAUGUAUGAGACCUGGGAGGAUGAUCUGGAUGGAAUCCAUAUUGUGGCCUUUGCAGAGGAAGCUGAUCCAGAUGGCUAUGAGUUCUUAGAGACUCUUAAGGCUGUGGCCCAAGAUAACACCGAAAACCCUGAUCUCAGCAUCAUCUGGAUUGACCCUGAUGACUUCCCCUUGCUGGUUCCGUACUGGGAGAAGACGUUUGAUAUUGAUCUGUCAGCCCCACAAAUAGGAGUCGUCAAUGUUACUGAUGCGGACAGCAUAUGGUUGGAGAUGGACGAUGAGGAGGACCUGCCUUCCGCUGAGGAGCUGGAGGACUGGCUGGAAGAUGUGCUGGAGGGUGAGAUCAACACAGAGGACGAUGAUGAUGACGAUGACGAUGAUGACGACGACGACGAUGACUAGUUGCCAUAGCAACUAUCUCCUUGCCCCACCUGCUGUCCUCAUGUUCCUUCCUGCCUUCCCUGUCCUUUCCCUGAGCUCUUCCAGAGACACUAGGUGAUUCUUUGCCAUAGGGCCCAUGGGGAUCUAUAUGCUGAGUGCUGAGACCCUGGUUCCCCUCACCUGAUGAGGAAAGGAGCUACUUUUCCCCACACAGGAGCCCAACUAUCUCAUCUAGCUUCUGUUUCUUGUCCCACAAUGUCUCUGUAUCUAUUAUUUGUUUCUUCCAUUACUCCCUAAACUCUUUCUUGUGAGUUUACUCGUGCCAUAUCUCUGAGCCCCCAUCUCUCUUCCCUGUGUUCCUUCCACCUGUGCAUACUCUUCUCCCAACUCUCUCAAAUCUUAUAGCCUUCUGACAGUCCUCUCCCUGACCAGGAGGAAGGGAGGGCACUGUGUUUGGGGCUGUAUCUCAACAAUCUCUUGUUAAUGUAUUUGGGUCAAACAAGAGGCCUCAAUAAAGAAUCGGGGGCAGCUGAGCAAG